GCCCAAAUUAUGCCGGAUGGAGGCUGAUGGAGGACCUUGCAGGAGUCAUCUAAAAAGAUACGCCUUUAACUUGAGCUCAAUGAGGUGUGAGGAGUUCAUUUACGGUGGCUGUUACGGAAAUGGCAACAACUUCAGAGAUUUGCAGUCUUGUGUGGACCACUGUCUCCCAGAGAAAACUGGUCCCCUGCUAUGCUACAGCCCAAAGGAUGAAGGAUUGUGUUCUUCUUCUGUGUCUCGCUAUUACUAUGACACCAAGACUAAAUCAUGUAAGGAGUUCAAAUACACUGGCUGUGGUGGAAAUGCCAAUAACUUCGUUACUGAAAUGGAUUGCUACAAUGUCUGCAGAAAAGCAGGGGCUCAGAAACCAAGAAUUGACAAACCAACAAAUGUAUUCCGCAGAAAAAUGAUGAGAAAACUGAUUAAAAAACCUCAGCCGUAUAACCCGAAGUCUUAAAACUGAUGUGCACUUGGAUGUUUGAAACACCACCUUUUGAUUCCACCUUCUUCUUUUGUAAGAUAGUUUCCACACGGUUUUAUACACUGACAUAGUUCUGUCUUUCAGAACUGCUUUUUAUUUCCAACUUACUUUUAUAAAGAACUGCAUUUAAUAGAAGAAGAAUGAACCUAAGUUUGGUUCUUCUGCUCUGUUGUCUUUGCAGUAAUACUUCGGCAGAGCCAGGUAUUUAGAUUUCCAUAUUUUUAUGGGGGAAUGUUACUACUGCCUUGGGAGGAUAUUUCAGCUGUUACAAAUCAAUUCAGAUUUGAAAAA